AUGUUGGAUGAAAAUAACCAUCUUAUUCAGUGUAUAAUGGACUAUCAGAACAAAGGAAAGACGUCUGAAUGCUCUCAAUACCAGCAGAUGCUGCAUACAAACUUGGUUUACCUAGCUACUAUAGCUGAUUCCAACCAGAACAUGCAGUCUCUACUACCAGCACCACCCACACAGAAUAUGCCUAUGGGUCCGGGAGGGAUGAGUCAGAGCGGCCCUCCCCCACCUCCGCGCUCCCACACCAUGUCUUCAGAUGGAAUGGUAGGUGGGGGCCCUCCUGCACCACACAUGCAGAACCAGAUGAACGGCCAGAUGCCUGGACCUAACCACAUGCCUAUGCAAGGACCUGGACCCAACCAACUCAAUAUGACGAACAAUUCCAUGAACAUGCCUUCAAGUAGCCAUGGGUCAAUGGGCGGCUAUAACCACUCGGUGCCAUCCUCACAGAGUAUGCCGGUGCAGAAUCAGAUGACCAUGAGCCAGGGUCAGCCGAUGGGCAACUACGGUCCCAGACCAAACAUGAACAUACAACCAAACCAAGGUCCAAUGAUGCACCAGCAGCCUCCCUCCCAGCAGUACAACCUGCCGCAGGCCGGUGGGCAGCACUACCAGGGCCAGCAGCCACCUAUGGGAAUGAUGGGCCAAGUUAACCAAGGGAAUCACAUGAUGGGUCAGAGACAGAUUCCUCCGUACAGGCCGCCACAGCAAGGCCCACCACAGCAGUACUCAGGCCAGGAAGACUAUUAUGGGGACCAAUACAGUCAUGGUGGACAAGGUCCUCCAGAAGGCAUGAACCAGCAAUAUUACCCUGAUGGUCAUAAUGAUUACGGUUAUCAGCAACCGUCGUAUCCUGAACAAGGCUACGAUAGGCCUUAUGAGGAUUCCUCACAACAUUACUACGAAGGAGGAAACUCGCAGUAUGGUCAGCAGCAAGAUGCGUAUCAAGGACCGCCCCAACAGCAGGGUUAUCCUCCACAACAGCAGCAAUACCCAGGCCAACAAGGCUAUCCAGGACAACAGCAGGGUUAUGGCCCCUCCCAGAGUGGUCCAGGACCUCAGUAUCCCAAUUAUCCCCAAGGACAAGGCCAGCAGUAUGGAGGGUACAGACCUGCACAGCCUGGGCCACCACAGCCACCACAGCAGAGGCCUUACGGAUAUGACCAGGGUCAAUAUGGAAAUUACCAACAGUGAAAAAGUACUCACAUUCCAGUAGGCAAUAUCUCUUAGCAGCCAUAUUUUCUCCUCAGCACUGUGGACAUCUUCCUGAGAUGAGAACCUCCCAUUCCAUCUAGCUUUCUUGGAAAAAUUUUGUGGCUGUUCUACGACAUACAGUCUUUAUGGGUUAAUUGUUAAAGGCUGUAGAUUCUCAGAAACUGAUUUCACAUCUCUACUCUAGAUGGCAAUAUUGGACAGAAAAUACGUGACAUAACAAUUUGCAGUGAGUUGAGAACUGUAUGUCAAAUAGACUGUUACAGACUGAAGGGUGCAAACAGCUUUGUAUGUUUAUGAAGGUUAUGGGAAUUUAAUAUUUUUUCCACAGAUUUUUUUUUUUGUAAGGGGAAAGGGGAAAUGCACACUUUUUACAGCAGCAAUAUUUUGUAUAUUAUGUUUUUCAUGUGGUGAAUAUGUAAGACAGUACACUAAUCGCUGGGCAGGAUAAGAAAUCUACUGUUGAAAAUAGGUGGGGGCAUAAGUGCUUGAUUGUAUAAGUCUUGAAACGGUGUACAAUAAAAAGAUAACAGUGAAAA